ACGGGAAAUGCUUUGAAUACUUGCGACAUGGCCGCUCACAUUGAUUGCCAAGAUUGACAGCUCUGCGUCGUCUUCUCUUGUCUCUGAAAGAGAGGGAGAUAAAGAGGAUAGAUAACAACAAAAGCUCCUUGCAGUUUUGACAAUUAAACUUCAUAGAAAGAACGGGAUCCCCUCAUAUAGCCAGUGGGAACCACAGCAGACUUUAGUUCUCUUUCCUUUUCUCUACAGAUAGUAAUCGUUAUGUUUUAACGUAAUAUAGCGUGAAACACACGACUCGGGAUACGAUACCGUUAGGACCUGCAGCUCUCUUUUCUCGACUGAUCUGAAGGACUAUCUGCACGUGGACUUCAGAGGAACUUGUGGUUUUGCGAGAGAGAAAAACAUUUCCGAACUGGAUCCGGCCUAAAGAUAUCGACUCCCUGACGCAUAUGGUGCCAGUCACUUUCAUGAGUUCAAAAUCAACUAACCAGUGAUUGCUGGGUGCUGGGGAUUUAAUCUUUCUGUUCAUAAUCCCACACGCUGACAUGGAGGGCUUUCUUCGUAGCAGCUUUUUACUGAGCAGAAUAAUGUCUUCCAAGCAAGCCACCUCUCCGUUUGUCUCCGUCGCCGAUGGGGAGGAAGCCAUGAGUCAGGACCACCUGUCCUGGGAUAAGGAGGAGAGUGCCGAGGCCCACGGGACGCCCCAGCUGCCCCUGCACAGCCUGCUCCACAGCAAGGGCUCCAUGGAUGAACUGCAGCCCCUCAGCAGUGUCCCUCCAGAGAGUGACUGGGACAGCAUGGUGUCAGCCCAGCAGCGCAUGGAAUCUGACAGCAAUAAAGUAUGUUCCCUGUACUCCUUCCGGAAUAACUCAACCUCCCCACACAAGCCUGAGGAGGGGGCCCGGGAGCGCGGCGACCUGCUGAGCGGAUCUGCGUUCGGAACGCCGGAGCGCCGCAAAGGAAGCCUGGCCGACGUGGUGGACACACUGAAGCAGAAGAAGCUGGAGGAGAUGACAAAGACAGAGCAAGAUGAAUCCAGUUGCAUGGAAACACUUCUGUCAAAAGACUGGAAAGAGAAGAUGGAAAGGCUCGACACCGGUGAUCUUCUGGGAGAAGUUAAAGGUACUCCAGAGAGCCUGGUAGAGAAGGAGCACCAGCUGAGCACCAUGAUCACUCAGCUGAUCAGCCUGAGAGAGCAGCUCCUGGCCGCUCACGAUGAGCAGAAGAAGCUGGCCGCCUCACAGAUGGAGAAACAGAGACAGCAAAUGGAGCUGGCCCGCCAGCAACAGGAACAGUAUUAUGAAGAAGGGUGUUCCAUGAUUGCCAGACAACAGCAGCAGCUUCUGCAGCAGCAGCACAAAAUCAAUAUCCUCCAGCAGCAGAUUCAGGUCCAGGGUCACAUGCCUCCGCUCAUGAUUCCCAUUUUUCCACACGACCAACGCACCCUGGCAGCUGCUGCCGCAGCCCAGCAGGGCUUUCUCUUCCCACCGGGAAUCUCUUACAAGCCAGGUGACAACUACCCGGUGCAGUUCAUUCCAUCCACAAUGGCAGCUGCGGCAGCGUCAGGACUCAGCCCCCUCCAGCUUCAGGUAUGUGCUACCACAAAGAAUGCUGCUCAGGACGCCUGCCAAGCCCAGGGCAGAAAAACGGCUAAGCAGCUGUAUGCUAAGUAA